UGCUGGAGAACGGUUAUCGGUGCGAGUUCGUAUUGCCACACGAGUUUUCGCGAUCGCGAUCCCCGUUCGGUGUGUGAAUCUAACAGCCGUCGAUCGAAAUACGAAAUCCCUUCAAAAUGAGGGUUCCGACGAUGCUGUCCGACGUAGAGGAGCUGCCCUCGGUGCAGCUGGGCGAUUACGUGCUCCGGUUCGAGCUGGAAGAUCUGACGCCCUUCGGCAAGGAGGUCGCGAAGAGCGAGCUGCGUGAAACGCCCGAAAUCCGCGAUGCCUCGGUCGCCGAGCUUCGGAAACUGCUUCAAGAAGUGGAAGGCCUGGUGGUGCCCGUGGAUAACGAUGACUGGAUGAUACGGUUUCUUCGACCGUGCAAGUUCUACGCCAAAAGUGCCUGCGAGCUGAUCCAGCGGUAUUUCCAGUUCAAGAUCAAACACUGGGACAUGUACAAUGAGCUCAUGCCGUCGAAGGAGGCCAACAUCUUCAAGCAGAACAUCCUGGCCGUGUUUCCGAACCGCGAUCAGUUGGGACGCCGUGUGCUGCUGCUCGAGCUGGGCAAAAACUGGAAACACAAAGAGGUCACGCUGGACGAAGUUUUCAAGGGCUGCGUUCUGUUCCUGGAGGCGGCGAUGCUCGAACCGGAAACGCAAGUGCACGGCGCGGUGGUGAUCUUCGAUAUGGACGGCCUGACGCUGCAGCAGGCCUGGCAGUUUACGCCGCCGUUCGCUAAGCGCAUCGUAGACUGGCUCCAGGACGCGGUGCCGCUGCGCAUUAAGGGCAUUCACAUCAUAAACCAGCCAAAGAUCUUCAACAUGGUGUUUGCCCUUUUCAAGCCGAUUUUGCGCGAGAAGCUGCGGAAUCGCAUCAUCUUUCACGGGACCGAUCGCGAGUCGCUCUACAAGCACAUCUCGAAGGAGUGCCUGCCCGCGAUCUACGGCGGAACGGUCGAUGCGCCCCGGGUGCAGGGCGAACAGUGGUACGAGCUGCUGCUGAAGUGCGACAACGAGUACAAGGAAAUCAACCAGUACGGCUACACCAAGCAGAUGGAGGAGCUGCGCAACAAGAAGAACAAAAAGAAGUGAUCGUACCGGACUGGCGUAGCACGGAGAAGCUUCUCCGCUGAUCGGAUCUCAGGCAGAUGCGAUGCGUGAUGUGAUUCUACAUACACAAUUACAGUUACAGCACAUAAGCACACGUUGUUUACCACCGCCGACGCACUGAGCCUAUGCUCUGGGCCCCACCACCUACCAUCACCGACAAAACGGAGCCGAUUACAAACCGAUCCGGCUCCCUCCCACCUGGAGCGGGGCUGGCCCGCGUUUUGCAUCCCCGGUGCUAGCUUUUCCUCGUAUUUUCAAUCACUGGUUAUGGGUUUCAGCAGGCAGUAGGAAACUUACUGGGGCAACCUGGCAAGUACACCGAGGCAACCGAGCACCUUUCUAGUUUAAUAAUGGCCGCGCGAACGCGCAAAGACAUUAGUGGCGUGAUAGGAUAUGUUUCCUUUUUUUAAACUAACCGAGCACACAUUUUCCUUCAAACGACAGUGCAAAUGGUGCAAAGACUGUCCGAGUGACCAAGUAAGGAGUUUUAAAAGUUAUGCUAACAGCAGUAAAGGUUAGCUGAGGCAAUAAAGAAAGUUUAAAGUGUUGGAGGAAGAACAA